UCCAGAGAGACCAGAUAUAGUGAAUGCAGGGUCCGGGGAGACCGGAUAUAGUGAAUGCAGGGUCCGGGGAUAGCAGAUAUAGUGAAUGCAGGGUCCGGGGAGACCGGAUAUAGUGAAUGCAGGGUCCCGGGAGACUGGAUAUAGUGAAUGCAGGGUCUGGGGAGAGUGGAUAUGGUGAAUGCAGGGUCCGUGGAGAGCGGAUAUAGUGAAUGCAAGGGUCGGGGGAGAGCGGAUAUAGUGAAUGCAAGGUCCGGGGAGAGCGGAUAUAGUGAAUGCAGGGUCCGGGGAGACCAGAUAUAGUGAAUGCAGGGUCCGGGGGAGAGCAAAUAUAGUGAUUGCAGGGUCCGGGGAGACCGGAUAUAGUGAAUGCAGGGUCCGGGGGAGAUCAGAUAUAGUGAAUGCAGGGUCCGGGGAGACCAGAUAUAGUGAAUGCAGGGUCCGGGGAGAGCAAAUA